CAAUCCCAAAUGUAGACAAUGGCCACCGAGCUAAGCACUUACAGGCAACGCUCUAUGGCGUUUCUUCUCCCUUCAUCCUCCUAGAUAAGCCUCUGUGUUCUCUGGAUCUAAUCUCUGCAUUAAUAUUCUAUGGUUUCUUUUCUUUCUUUUUUGUUUGUUUUUCUCCUGAUUUGAUUUCCAGGGGACGAUGACGAUUUCCUUUUUACAUAGGGUAUGGAAAGGUAGUUGAUGUAUUUGUGCCGAACAAGAGAGAUAAAUGGGGGAAAAGAUUUGGUUUUGUCCGUAUGGUAGGGGUGAUGAAUGAGUAUAGAAUGGAGAAGAGGCUUAAUGAGAUUUGGUUCGGGUUUUAUAAGCUACGGGUGAGGAUCGCUGACCGUCCUGUGAAGCAGAGUUCAGGGCCGGAAAAGAUGACAAGGAGCAAUGCGAAUAGAUUGGUUCAACCUGGGCAGUCUUAUGCACAGGUGGUUGUGGGGAACAAUCAGCGGUAUGUUAGGAAGCAGGAUAACGAAACGGAAAUAUCUGAAAAGGAGAAAGGUAAGGUUCUGGUGGAGAUGGUCCCAGUGCAGACAGUACAGCUUGAAAAGAAUGAGUAUGUUGGUUCAAGUGAUACGAUGCAGGGGCAGACGGGGAUGGUGGGAAGUGUAUGGGAUCAAGUUCAAGCGGCAACCAUUGAUUUUUCUCCGACGGAGGAGGAGCUACAUUGGCUGGAGGGGGGUAUGGUGGCAUUAUUAAAGUCAUUAAGGUUCAUUACGAGCAUACAGGAUACUGUCGAUGUGGAUGGAGGGAUGAUUUCAGUAUCACCAUUAGGGGGCAGAUCAGUGUUGUUAACUGAAAAAGUGAAAGGUUACCUGGGCGAGUUUAUGGAGCAAAAUAAAGAAUUGUUUGACACAUGGUUUGAAUCCGUAAGGCCGUGGGCAAUGGCAGCUUCGCUGAGAAGUAGACUAGUUUGGUUGCGAGUUUCAGGCGUCCCGUUGAAAGCGUGGAGUGAUAGGUGUUUUGCAUUGAUCGGAGGAACAGUGGGUGAGGUGGUGAUGGUGCAUGAUGAUACCAGAAAUAAAUUAUUUAUGUGUGAAGGAAGGGUUUUAGUUCUUUGUAGUGAUGAACUCAAAAUUGCUAAGACUGUACAAUUGAAGAUCGAGGGCCAGACAUAUGAGGUGGGGGUUGUGGAGGAAGAAUGGAGGUCCGAUCCCGACUGGUGGGUAGUGGACGGUGACCGGCGGAGCUAUUCAGAGGCUUCAUCGGAAUAUUCCUCGCAAAGUGGUGACGAAGAUCCGGAAAUUAGUGUAGACGAGAUUAGCGCCGAGGAUGAUGCUAGCAUUGAUUUGGAGCAGUUUCAGAAGGAAGGGGUUUUGAAUUCAAAUGGUAAGGAAGUAACGGUUCAGGAGGCGGAUUGCAUGAGUGGCGGGAUUGAGCAAUAUGGGAGGAUAGAGGACAUGCAUGGGCUGGUAAAGGAUAAUGGGCUGAUAGAUGGUAUUGGGCCGGGAGUGAGUCUUACAGGGCUGGUUGAAAAUGGUAAGAGCAGAAAACCCAAUGACUUAGUCCUAGAAGGGUCUGCAUGUGAUAGGGUCGGUAAAGAGGGGAUGGGUAAAAAGAGGAGACAAAUUGCAGAUUGCUAUCCGAAAGAGGGGAGAGAAAAUCAGGAAGAUCGAGCAGAUUGGGUGACUGGGCGGACAAAGCAGAGGCACGCGAGAAGGAUGAAGGUGCAGCAGUUGCCAGCAGAGUCGGGAAGGACGCAGCAGAUGACAGCAGAAUCGGGAAGGAAUCAGCAAGAAGGAAGAGAUGCCUCUAUCUCAGAUGGGUGUAUUGCUCACCGGAACCGUGUGAUUCAACAGGAUCUCAGUAUGCACGAGGUAAGAAGGUUGAUUACAGCUGGGAGACGGCUGGGUAUGCAGUUUCAGGGAAGUGAAGAGGAGGUGGAAUCUCGGUUUUUAGAGCUGGAGCAGAGGGAUGAGGAGACCAAAUUAGAAGAGGUAGAGGAAGAAUUGUGUAAAAAGUUGUGGUAUUCGGAUGAGUUUGAUUGGAGUAUGAAGAGCUCGGUUGGAGCAUCUGGAGGGUUGUUGUGUGUGUGGAGCAGGACAGCUUUUGGCAAAGUGGAGGAAUUUACAGGGGAUGGGUACUUGGGUAUAAGAGGCGUAUGGGGGUCAAAAGAGGAGCCGUGUGUUUUUGUGAACGUAUAUGCUCCGAGUGAUAGAAGGAGCAAGGCUGCGUUAUGGGAUGAGCUCAGCCAGAAAAUUACAGAAGAGGGUGGGAGAUGGUUGCUGGCAGGGGAUUAUAAUGCUGUUCGGUGCCUUGAAGAAAAAAGGGGAAGGACAGGUAUGAGUGUAGAUAUGUCGGAGUUUGACGCUUUCAUUGAGACAACAGGAUUGGUUGAUAUUAAGUUGGCCAAUCGGAAGUUUACAUGGUAUAGACCGGAUGGGACAUCCAUGAGCAGAUUGGAUAGGAUAUUGAUGACUGUGGAGAUGAGCAGUAUGGAUUGGGGGCCUAAACCUUUUCGGGUGUUGGAUGUUUGGCAGCAACAUCCAGAAUUUAAGAAAGUAGUUGAAGACAAAUGGAAUGAGACGGUGGUUGAUGGGUUUGCAGGGUAUAGAUGCGUACAGAAAUUAAAGAUGCUGAAGAAUGUUUUGAAAGGGUGGAAUAAGGAAGUGUUUGGGGAUAUAGAAGUUAAAUAUCAAGUUGCUAUGGAUAAGGUUGCGCAGAUGGAUAUGAAGAAUGAAGAGGCUGAUUUAGAAGGGGAAGAGGUGUCUGAGAGACAAGAAGGCUUUAAUGAAAUGUGGGAUAUUCUGAAGAAAAGGGAGAUAUUAUGGAAGCAGAAAUCAAGAUGUAGCUGGGCAAAAUUAGGGGAUGCUAAUACGAGGUUUUUUCACAAAGUUGCAAAUGGUAGAAAAGCUCAUAAUAACAUUAAUGGGUUUGCAUGUGAAGGCAAAUGGGUGGAGGAGCCCAAGGAGGUGAAGAACGAGGUGGUCAGGUACUUUAGUAAGAUGUUUGCCGGAGAAUCAUGGCAACGCCCCAAGCCAGUUGGAAUCAAUUUUAAACAGAUUUCGGAAGAGAAGAAGGCGGAGUUAGAAAGGCCCUUUUCUGUAGAGGAGAUUGAGGAUGGAUUGAAGAGCUGUGAGGGAACUAAAGCGCCCGGGCCGGAUGGAUUCAAUUUUAAUUUUCUCAAAUGUGUGUGGAACUGUUUGAAGGAGGAUUUUUUGAGCUUUUUUGAGGAAUUCCACCAGAAUGGCAGGUUAAAGGGCGUAAUGUCGGAGUUAAUUAGUGACACGCAAUCUGCUUUUCUGGGGGGGCGCCAAUUGGUUGAUAGUGUUCUAUUGCUAAAUGAGGUGGUCGAUGAGGUGAAAUUGAAAAAACAAAAGGCCUUUGUUUUUAAAGCUGAUUUUGAAAAGGCUUAUGAUUGCGUAGAUUGGACAUACUUGGAUUGGAUGCUGUGCAGGAUGGGCUUUGGAAUGAAAUGGCGCGGGUGGAUUAGAGAAUGUCUUUCAACAGCAAGGAUUUCGGUAUUAGUUAAUGGGAGUCCGACGGAGGAAUUUGUGAUGGGAAGAGGUUUAAGGCAAGGUGAUCCGUUAUCACCAUUUCUUUUUCUGAUAGCCGCUGAGGGGUUAAAUGGGUUAGUUAGGAGAGCUGAAACGGAAGGAAUGUUACAUGGUCCAGCAGUGGGUAAUAAGGGGUUAACUGUUUCUUUGCUUCAAUUUGCUGAUGAUACGGUGAUUUUGGGGACUGCUGACAGCGAAAAUGUAUUUGCGGUGAAGGCCAUUUUAAGAUGUUUCGAGUUGAUGUCUGCUUUAAGGAUUAAUUUUUCCAAGAGUAGUGUGGUUGGUUAUAAUGUGUCAGAAAGGUGGAUUAAAGGGGCAGCAAGCGUCUUACAUUGCGGUGUUGGGGAAACUUCUUUUAUGUACUUGGGGUUGCCGGUUGGUGGGAAGAUUAGGUGUAAGAAGAUGUGGGAACCGGUUCUGAAAAAAUUUCGAGCCAAGCUUGCCGUCUGGAAAUCUUCUACGUUGUCCUUUGGUGGUCGCAUCACUCUACUCAACUCGGUACUCUCUGCUAUCCCUACCUUUUAUAUGUCAUUAUUUUUAAUGCCGAAUUGUGUGGUUGCGGAGUUGAUUAGUAUUCAACGGGCUUUCUUGUGGGGUGGGGCGGAGUUAAAGCGGCGAAUCCCUUGGGUUAAAUGGGAUUAUAUUUGUUUCAAUAAGAGGAAGGGAGGCUUAGGAGUGUUAGAUUUAAGUAGGAAAAACUGGGCGUUAUUAGGAAAAUGGUGGUUCAGAUUAGGGGAUGGGGUGGAGGGUUUGUGGAAGAAGGUGGUGUGGGAGAAAUACUAUGGGGGUAGGGAGGAAGUAGAUAUUACGGCCUUGGAGAGUGUGAGGGUAUCUCGGAUUUGGAGGGAUAUUAUUAGUAUAGGUCAAAGAUCUGGAAGGUUAAAGGAUAUGUUGGUCAAGGGUUUCAAAUGGGGGGUAGGGGAGGGUUGUCGAGUAGGGUUCUGGAGGUCGGUGUGGGUGGGGGAGAAAGCUUUAAGAGAUCUGUGUCCCAGAUUGUUUCAGCUGGCUAUAAAUAAGGAGGGUUUAGUAAGUGAGAUGGGGGGUUGGGAGGCGGGUAGGUGGAGGUGGAAUAUCAUGUGGAGGAGAGGGAGGUUUGGAAGGGAGAAGGAUGAGGAGGUGGUGUUGUGGGAGGUGUUGAGUACAGUUGGUCUUAAGGUGGGAGUUGAAGAUUGGUGGCAGUGGAUUCAUGGUCCAGAUGGGAAGUACGGGGUGAAACAAGCGUAUGAGUUUUUAGAAUCGACGGAAGCUAUACUUAAUGAUUGGAUGUGUAAGUUAAUUUGGUGUCGGUUAGUUCCAUCUAAAGUAAGUGUCUUUGGGUGGAGAUUAGGUCUUCAGAGACUUCCUACAAAAUGGAAUUUGCAAAAGAGAGGUGUGGUGUUAGAGGGGGGCUUAAUGUGUGGGCUGUGUAAUGAGGAGGUGGAAGAUAUUAAUCAUGUGUUUUGUACUUGUAAGGAAGUGUGGUUAAUUUGGGUGAGGGUGCUGUCUUGGUGGGGGUUUGAGGGUGUGUUGCCGGGUCUGUUGGAGGGGGUUGCAGAAAUUUUCUGGUAUGGUUUGGGUAAGGUGGUAGGGAAGGAGUUGGGAGCAUGCCUUUUUCUUGUCACAUCAUGGUAUAUAUGGUAUUGGAGGAAUUGUAGAGUAUUUAAGGGGGAUGUGGCCCUUCGGGAGGGGUUGUUAGUGAUGAUUCAGGAAAAGACUUUCUUCUGGUGCAAGAGUAAAGUGCAGGGAUGUGUAUUUUCGGUUAGUGAUUGGAAGUUAAAUCCACAUGGGUGUGCUGCAGCUAUGAGAAAUCAAAAGAGGAAGCAAAAGGAGAUCCGCCUAAAUCAAAUAGGAAAGGAAUCUAAGGGAUUACAAGAGGAUAUAUAAAGUGCUGAACUAGGGGGAAUUUUGAGGAUAGCGCUCAAGUUCAAGGUGCUGCGUCCAUGCGGUUGAAGGACUUGCUGGAGAUGGUAACGUGAAGUUUGAAGAGAUUUCUAUGAGCAUUGAGGCAAGGGAUUGCCAAUUGUCCAAUACGUCAUUUUUUGGGUGUUUCUUUGGUCUAGUGCUAUAUGGUGUGUUAUUUAUUUGUUUGUAGGAAGUGUGUUGGUUGAAUUUUUCUUGUAUUUUUGUAAGUGGGUUGGAGUACCCCUUGUACUCCAUUUAAUAAAUUUCAUUUUGCUGA